ACCAUUUGUACAUAUAUGUGUAACAAGCGAGAGAAAAUGAUGCAGGAUGAAGAUUUGGGUGGUCCAGUGAGAAAAAAUGUUUUCAGUCAAGGGAUAAUAAGAAUAUCACAGAUAUAUCAAAGAUACCUAGAUCUAUGGACUCCUCAUGUAAUAUCACGAUGGACAUUUGCUUUAUUCCUAUUAGUACUUUUUAUUCUACGUGUAUUUAUCUCUCAAGGGUGGUAUAUCGUCACGUACGCUCUAGGAAUUUAUCACCUCAAUUUAUUCAUAGCAUUCCUUACUCCAAAAAUUGAUCCUGCCAUGGAUUUUGAUGAUGCAGAAGGACCAGAGUUACCUACAAGAUCAAACGAGGAGUUCAGGCCGUUUAUUAGAAGAUUACCUGAAUUUAAAUUUUGGUACUCAGUAACAAAAUCUACGAUAAUUGCCAUGAUAUCCACCUUAUUCGAUUGCUUUAACAUACCAGUAUUCUGGCCGAUACUUGUUAUGUAUUUCAUAACACUGUUCUGUAUCACAAUGAAGCGGCAAAUAAAGCAUAUGAUCAAGUAUAGGUAUCUGCCUUUCACUCAUGGCAAACCAAAAUAUCAGAACCAUGAAGACACCUCGCGCGGUUGAUAUCGCCAAAAUGAAUAGAAGUAAAGAAUAUAUUGUGCCUGUACAGGAGGAGGGGAGAGGCGUCGUAAGCGUGUAGAUUUUAAUUUCUCCCAGUACAGGAUAAGGCGUACUAGAAAGAAAAGAAACCGACAAAAAUUUUUUUUUAUGCCAUUAAAGGGAAAGGAUAUUGCCUUGUACGAGAAAGAAUCAAGUCCUCGCCGAGGACUUGUAACUCUAAAUUAUACAAUGUACGGUAUAUAAACUGGAUUAUCUUAAUAUAUUUGUAUCAUAAAACUUGUACAAAAUAUUGUUAGCUCUUAUCUCAUUAAAAGAAAUGAGGAAAAAAAAUAUGGUCACAUCCGAUAUCGCGAAUGCAGUUGUCACGUUAGCAGACAUGUGUAAGAAUUUCUUAAUAUAGUUAAUGAGUGCUUUCCAUUUACUUUUUGUAUCGCUGUGGUGCCUCGCCUUUUCUCUCGAUAUCUCAAAUUGAUUAAUUUUGCAUAGGCACGAAACUAAAAGAUAGAAAGAAGAAAGCAAACGUAAAUCAAUAUCUAUUUUCUAACGUACAUGAAAUAUUGUCUUUAGAGUGUAUUUAUAUGUAUGCAAAUAUAUCUGGAAUAUAUAUAAUUGAAAUCACAAACCAAUUUAUUAUGUUAUCAAAUCACGUGUUAUAUUGCUGUUACAAAUUAAAUGAAAACAACGUA